AUGUCUCAGUCUCCUCAAGGCAACCCUCUAGAGAUUUCUCAUCGCACAUGGCCAAAAUUCCAGAUCACCAUCAUCAGCAAAGAUGCGACGCCCUUUCCCUCAUUUUCCGGCGAUGCCAUCAAAGAAGGGCAUUCCGACAAGAUUCUACUGUCCGAUAUUCGAAGUCAUGCAGGAAUCUCCCAGAAGCUAAAAUUUACCGCCGACGACACCAGUUUCGUCAAUGAUGGCAUCACACUUGCCUAUUAUAUGGCUUUGGCAGGCGAGACAAAAGUCAAAGGCGGCAACAAGGAGCCCUCAUCCGACGGGACGAUUGGCGUAGUCAAAGUCAAGCUCCUCCCAAGCAGUGCCGAGAGCAAGCCAAAGGCACCUGUUGAGCCCAGCAAAGAACUGCAAGAAGGUGUCAAAGAUAUUCUUGCGCAGAUGGGCGACAAGAAUGGCGCUCAGGUGGCAGACGUCGAGGGGCUCUCCAAACGGCUGGGCAAGCUUGCUGCCAGUUCGAUGAAUUUUGCUACUGUCGCUGGUUCGGAGAAAGCAAGCGAUCCAGAGGAUCUGACUGAGAGCCAAUGGGCUCGGAUUUUGGCAAACAACCGUGCGCUGCAUGGCUAUUAUCUGAACGGUGCCAAUGGUAUUAUGCGGAAAGCCCCCAAGAGAGCGUUCAAUCUUGCGCCUAGGAAGGGCGACAAUACCACGACCAAUCCUUUGCCUCCAUUUCCUCCGUUCUAUGUCCACGAUGAGGCCGAUGUCGAGGUGACAGAGACGCAGAAUGCUUUUCAGACCAUAUUAGCAAGACAGGGUUUUAGUGCAACUGUGGUUAAAGCCGCUGGUGCAGUUGGAGGUAGUGAAACCCUGGGCAGCACGGGAUCUAUUUCAAGGGCGUCGGAGGAAGAGCAUUCAAAUGCCUCGAAAGACACCGUAACCAGUACUUUUGACAACCUACACAUCUCAUACAAGUUUCCCCGAGCUGUGGUCGAACUGGAUGCUUCCUGCCUAGAACUGACCCCAGAAUGCAUCAAGCAAGCCCAGGACACAAAGACACCAGAGGAUGUCAAACAAUUCUUCCGCGACUACGGAAACGUCUUCGCAGCAACCUUCACCCUCGGUGGGGAACUGCAUAGCACCCGAAGUCUGACCACCACAGAGAAGCAGAAUCUAGCAGCCACAAAAGACAACGUGAAGACAGCCGCGGGAUUCAGCCUGUCGAGUCCAUACGUUUCUGGAGGAGUCAGCGGUGGCUGGGUCGAUUCAAGCAACAAGAAUACAGCAGAUCAACAGCUGCGUCAGAGCCUGCGGCUUGCAUGGCAUGCACGAGGCGGGGACACGAUUCUUUGCUCUAAUCCCCCGCAAUGGGCCGCCACCGUCCGGAAUCACAAUUACUGGCGCAUCAUUGAUCAAGAAUGCCUCGUCAACAUGCACAAGUUCAUCGAAAAGAUCGAUACCGGCGUAGCUGACCAUCUAACAUCGCCCGGGCAGAGGCUGCGGCUUGGCGAUGACGCUCUAGCAAGCAGGAUACGCGAUAUUCUCCGGCAAGUGUUUGCCUCUGGCGGCAAUACUUCGAUGGGACGGAUAGGAAACGACGUCAGAGCGUUCUUUGAGAGCGAGAGUUUUACGUGUGAGCAAUAUAAUGCUGCGCUGGAUGAGGAUGAGGAAGAGAGCAAGUGGGAGGAAAAGAAGAGUUGGAAGGAGCUGACGUUGGAAGAGAAGUGUAAUGUUGGUUUCAUUGCGUAUCAGUUGGGGAUCAUUAAAGUCCAUUAA